AUGUUUGUUCACAAACCCUCAUUCUUGAUGGGACUUGUUUUCACCAAAUGGGCAUGUGUAUUCUUACUCUGCUGUUGUCUCAUAACUUCUGGGGUAUAUUCAGUGGAAGGGUUACAUGGAGGUUCUAAAGUGAGAGGAGUGAACUUAGGAGGGUGGCUGGUUAUCGAAGGUUGGAUCAAGCCUUCACUGUUUGAUGGCAUUGCCAAUGGAGACAUGCUUGAUGGGGCAGAGGUGCAAUUUAAAUCAGUGACAUCGCUGAAGUAUGUAUCUGCUGAGAAUGGGGGAGGAAUGAAUGUAACAGUUGACAGAGAUGUCCCAUCUUCAUGGGAAACCUUCAGGUUAUGGAGAGUAUCUGAAUCAGAAUUUCAAUUUCGUACCUCUGAAGGCCAAUUUCUUACGUGUGAUGGUGGAGGCCACUUUGUCUCUGCAACAGCAAAAUCUCCUUCAACAUCAGAGACAUAUGAAAUUGAGCGGAGUGGAAAAAGUAGGAUUCACCUCAAGAUGAAGGGUGGGGCAUACCUUCAGGCUACAACUGAUGACCAGCUUACAGCGAACUACCCAGGUACACCAGGAUGGGAUGAUAAUGCUGCCACAUUUGAAAUGACAAUUGUAUCAAAUAGUUUGCAUGGAGAUUACCAGCUAGCAAAUGGAUAUGGGCAUAAUCGGGCAAAAGACGUUCUUAGGAGACAUAGAAAUAACUUUAUCACGAUAGAGGAUUUCAAAUUUCUAUAUAAACAUGGAAUAAAUACUGUGAGGAUACCAGUUGGGUGGUGGAUUGCUUUUGAUCCUGAUCCUCCAGGUCCAUAUAUCGGAGGAAGUCUUGAAGCUCUAGAUAAUGCAUUUUUAUGGGCACAAGAAUAUGAUAUAAAAUGCAUAAUUGACCUUCAUGCUGCUCCUGGUUCUCAAAAUGGAAUGGAGCAUAGUGCAAGCCGAGAUGGAUUUACGGGCUGGCCAACUUCUGCAGAUUACAUUUCCGAGUCAUUACAUGUUAUUGAUUUUUUAGUUUCUAGAUAUGCAAAACAUCCUUCCUUGCUGGGAAUUGAGCUAUUGAAUGAACCAUCUGCUGCCUCAGUUUCAUUAGAUGUUUUGAUUCCAUAUUAUAAACAGGGCUACCAAAUUGUUCGCAAAUACUCGUCAUCAGCUUACGUGAUAAUCUGCCAGAGAAUUGGCGUUGCAGAUCCUAUGGAACUUUAUCAAGCCAACAUAGGAUCUCACAACUUAGUUUUGGAUUUGCAUUUCUACAAUCUCUUUGACCCAUUUUUUGUUAAUAUGAGUGCUGUGGAUAAUAUUCAAUACAUAUACAAAAGCCGGGAAGGUCAACUGCAGGCCUUAAACAAUUCAAAUGGCCCACUUGUUUUAGUUGGAGAGUGGGUGAAUGAGUGGAACGUGACAAGCGGAUCCCUAAAAGAUUAUCAGGACUUUGGAAGGGCACAGUUAGACGUCUAUAAUGCAGCUUCCUUUGGAUGGUGUUAUUGGACACUGAAAAAUGACAGAGAACACUGGGAUUUUGAAUGGAACAUUAGGAACAACUAUCUUCAAUUAGGUAACUCACCCAGCAAACGGAGCUUGAACAUUCUAGGAUUUUUAGGAUUGGCAUUCACCUGGUUUUGUCUACUUCAAUUUUUGUGA